AUGAUAAAACCAACACACGCACCGUGAAACUGGAGGUAGGAACGACUAGAAUAAGAAGCUAGAUUAAAGAAAACAACAACAUUUAGGCUAUUAAGGUCAAACUUCAUCUCUUGUUUUUUCCUUUGAGAGUAUAGGACUGUUGUUAAAACUCACCCUGAGCAUCUUAAAUUGGAGUUUAUUAUCAGUAAGGAGGAGGAGGUGUUAAGGAUAGGCUGCUGUAACUUUGGUUAGUGGGCUUUUCAACCUCAUAAACAACUCCUAAAAUAGGAGCAGAGGAAGCCGAGCAGACGGCGACGUGGAGAGUGAAAGCACAGGGCGAGCGGAGAAGUGUAAGCAGAAGGUAAACACCAGCCCCCAGCUAUCUGCCCGCCUGAGAGUGCUGCGUCAUGGGGAAACAGAACAGCAAGCUGCGGCCCGAGGUCCUGAACGACCUGAGAGAAAACACAGAGUUCACCGACCACGAGCUCCAGGAGUGGUAUCGCGGCUUCCUCAAGGACUGUCCCACCGGCCACCUGACCGUGGAGGAGUUCAAGAAGAUCUACGCCAACUUUUUCCCCUACGGAGACGCCUCAAAGUUCGCCGAGCACGUCUUCCGCACGUUUGACACCAACGGCGACGCCACCAUCGACUUCAGGGAGUUCAUCAUCGCCCUGAGCGUGACGUCUCGCGGCGGUUUGGAGCAGAAGCUGCGCUGGGCCUUCAGCAUGUACGACCUGGACGGGAACGGGUACAUCAGCCGGGCAGAGAUGCUGGAGAUAGUUCAGGCAAUUUACAAGAUGGUAUCAUCAGUGAUGAAGAUGCCUGAGGACGAAUCGACACCAGAGAAAAGGACAGACAAGAUCUUCAGACAGAUGGACAUUGACAAUGAUGGUAGAUUGUCUUUGGAGGAGUUCAUUAAAGGUGCCAAGAGCGACCCGUCCAUUGUCAGACUGCUGCAGUCGGAUCAGGGAGCCUCUCGUCAGUUCUGAGGACAGAGACAAUAACAGACACACGCUCUCUCUCUAAAACACAAUCACAAACCAACAUGCAUCGCUCGGUCAUCAUCAUCACAACCCUUUCAUUUUAAAAAGCACUCCUCGUCUUAUUGUUUACAUUAAUGGAUACUUCUCUUUUGUCAAUGUGGCUCCUUCUCUGUGGACUAUGACGUGCUUUCAGUUGAGGUAUUUUGUGUAUAAUAUGCUUUUUUCCAAAGCUCUCUUGCCUUGAAACCGUUUUUACCUGUUCUCCAUAAGUGAAGUGCCAUAUCAUAUAUUUAUACUGACUGGAUUAUAUGCUCGCAAGUAUUAUGAAUCCCAUUAUGUUACACUUAAGAGGAAACUAAUUACAUCACUUCUUAUAAUUUGAUUCAACUUAACUGUGUUGACAAGUGGCUUAUUGUUGUUCAGGAUAUCAACUGUAGCUUUGACAAGUUGCUCUUCUGAACAACUUCUAUAUGCCUUUUGGUAUUGCAUGCGCUCGGUGAUAUGAGUUUUUCUGAUAUUGUAACAGUUUACGUGAAUAAGGAAGCCGUGAUUGUUUUUAUUCCUUUUUAUUUUUGUAACAAAAUUUUUUUUUUUUUUUGUUUUCACACAAUUGAAAUAAAGUCGUGUAAGAAAAAUCUACACAAGAAGUCCCACAGUAUCCCCCUUGUCCUGGACAGACAUGAAGCAAACCCCACCAAGAUUCUCACUUUACUGGUUUAAAAAGAGAGA